AUGCACUUCAGCAAGCUCUUUUUUGUUCUCUCGACCACUUUGGUCACCAUUUCGAAGGCAACGCCCACCCCGCAACCAACUGAUGCGGUCGAUAUUCCCGCUGUUGGGCCUGUUGUAGACAUCGACUCAGUCGGGGAAGUCGGCGGCAUUACCUACAUUGAUGACGAUGAGGGCGAUUUGGAGCUUUUUGACGCCGUUGAACUUCCAGGCAAGGAGUUCGUCAAGCGUGACCCUCAAUGCUCUGCCUCUUGUAGGACUGACGGCCUCCUGUUCCAUACCCCGAUCAACACCUUCAUCAAGAACUACCGCAACAAGAAGUUUAUGAGCCCACCCCUUGACUGGGGCUCAGAUGGUUGCUCCGUUCCAAAGGCCGUCGCCAAAGCCCUCAAGAUCAACAAGGACAAGCCACGCGGUUAUAACUUCCUUCCAUCUUGCCAACGCCACGACUUCGGAUACAGGAACUACAAGAAGCAGAAGAGAUUCAAUGGUACCAGCCGCUCUAAGAUCGAUAGCAACUUCAAGAAGGAUAUGUACAACGUUUGCAAGCAAUAUAGCGGCUGGAAGAGUUGGAAGGGAGUUGAAUGCCGCAGAAUUGCUGAUGUUUACUUCAAGAUGGUUCGCCUUUGCGGUACCGGAGGCUGCAGCGUUGCUAAGGUUAAAUCCAUCCUCAAGUCUGUUUUCUAA